AUGAGAUAUACAAUUAGAGACACAGAAAUUCCACCAUUUCUAAUACCUUUCAAAUACAAGAUUCUUUUAGCAGGAAAGUAUCUUAAUGUGGUUCGAGAAUGUGGAAUUCCAAUAAUUCAAGAACAACAAAAACAAAAUUCUGAAGAUGAAGAUCCAAUUAAUGGUAAAAAAAAUGUUGAUAGAACUGAUGUCAAUGUUAACAAUGAUAUUUUGACCGCAAUGGACGGUGGAAGGUUUGUGGAAAAUAUAGAGACUGCGUAUAAGCGUGCAAAUCGUACCUUGCUUGAUUUAUUGUUGAAAGAUCAUCAACUGAUAGCACGUUUACGGUUUUUGGAGUUACUCAAACAUAAGGAGGAUAUUGCUCGCAAAAUUAUUUAA